GCAGAGAAGCAGCUAAGCUCCAGUUGGAUUCUCAUGCGAGCUGGAAAUCAUGGCGUGCCGACCCCAAGUGAAUGGCUUGCUGAUACUCUAGCUCCUGGCGGUGUAGUUGGAAUUGAUCCUGCAGAGAAGCAGCUAAGCUCCAGUUGGAUUCUCAUGCGAGCUGGAAAUCAUGGCGUGCCGACCCCAAGUGAAUGGCUUGCUGAUACUCUAGCUCCUGGCGGUGUAGUUGGAAUUGAUCCUUUUCUGUUUUCUGCCGAUGCUGCAGAAGAUUUGAAGGAGACCAUUUCGAGGAAGAAUCACAAGCUGGUUUACCUAUAUGAUUACAAUCUCGUGGAUGAAAUAUGGAAAGAAUCAAGACCAAAGCCACCCAAAGGGCCUAUUAGAGUGCAUGAUCUUAAAUAUGCUGGUUUAGAUGUUGCAUCAAAGUUGGCUUCUUUGAGGUCUGAGCUUGGAGAAGCUGGUUCAUCUGCAAUCAUUAUAUCCAUGCUUGAUGAAAUUGCCUGGCUGUUGAACUUGAGAGGAAGUGAUGUUCCAAACUCACCUGUUAUGUAUGCAUACCUGAUAGUUGAAAUGGAUGGAGCAAAACUGUUUGUAGAUACUUCGAAAGUCUCAUCAGAGGUGAUGGAUCACUUGAAAAGUGCAGGAGUUGAGUUAAGACCAUAUGAUUCUAUUAUUUCGGAAAUUGAAAAUUUGGCAGAAAAGGGAGCUAAUCUCUGGCUGGACCCAGUAUCAGUCAAUGCUGCAAUUGCAAAUGCUUAUAGGAACGCAUGUGAUAAGUACUUUAUACGCCUUGGGAAUAAAAGAAAAAGCAAGGAUAAGACUUCUGAGACCUCAAAUAGUCAUGUUGGACCUACUGGAGUCUAUAAGUCAUCUCCUGUUUCAAUAGCGAAGGCCGUAAAAAAUCAUGCUGAGUUAGAAGGGAUGCGGAAUUCUCAUUUGAG